CUCUCCUUCACUCGGAUGUGCACCGACCCAAAAGUCCAGUUAAGCGCCCACUGCUCACCGCAGCGGCUGUGCCCCAUGGAUGCAGGCUUCAAACUCGGACAGCCUCACCAGGCGCCGGUCACUGGAGCCGAAAGGCUGGAGAUCGAAUUGAUUGAAGGAGAUCCUCGUUUCACACAGCCCCGUGGUCCUUCGUUUUUCGCAUGUCUGGUCUCACACAGGACGGCUGUGUCGAUGUCUAAAUCCUUCUCGAGACAUGUUUGCUCGCGUUUUCGCAGUUUGCCACGGGCGCACGCGUGUUUCAUCCACAUGAUCGCUACUAUUAAGCAGUGCAUGUCGCUUUAAAAGAGUCCCGCCUUGAGGUGUACUGGAUACAACAUAGCGGUUUCCCAGUCUGUUGUGUUUUGCUCGCACUCUAUCCUCAACUCCGAGUUUGGUUCUCAGUGUCGUAUCGUUAAUGGACCCUUUCACUAUCGCUCUCGGUGCCACACAGUUCGUCGGCUUGGCAGGCCAACUGGUUGAAUCAGUUGUAUCGUUACGUCGAAAACUUGUGAAUAUCAAGAAUGCGCCCAAAUUGAUUCGACGCAUCCAUGAAGAGCUCCGGAUACUUCAGCAUGUUGGAGCUCGAGUGGCUCAAAUCGAGAACGUUAUCCCCGACGAUGAGAAGCCCACUUUCGUGCGAAUCUGUGACGAUCUGGGAGAACAUAUUUAUGAACUCUACAAGACUCUCACGAAAGUCGAGUUACAAGAAGGUGACCGGGGUGCAAAGCGGUUUUGGCAUUCCUUCCUUGCUGAUGGCAAGCGGCCUCAGCUUGAGGAGGAACUUUGCGUUCUUCAAAGGACGAACACCGCUCUUGCAGCCUUCUUAGACAGCGUCAUUAUUCGGAUAGCAAGUGCAACCCAUGAUCAUCUCACGGCCCAUACUGCAGUAGUGACACCCGCCAUAGAACGUAUCGAGACACACUUGUCGGCCAUUUCGGAGACUUCGGAGAACAUUUUUACGCAGACAGUCGAGAUUCGAAAAGACCUCCAGGAAAGAUCGGCUACGAUCAUUAGUCACAUAGAUCAUGCCGUACAAUCUAUAGGCGCCGACAUUCCAAAGUUGAUCAAAGGAAGUCUCCAGCAAUGCUUAGAGGAAUAUCGGGGCCAAUUCACAGCCGUAGCGGGCAAAGACACUUUCCUUGUUGGAGGAUGCGAUACACAGAAAAAGAACACGAGAAUGGUACGCUCACUCGGGCGGAAACACACGGUAAUGAAAAGGUUCCCCCUUCCCAUCGGGUUUAUACAGACAAAAGUUGCACGCUCAGGGGUUGGUGAAGAUGCAGGUUUACUCUAUAUUGAGAUCAGUCUCAUUCCGUUCAAAUGGCUCUCCUCUCAAGGAAGAGUGAUGCGGAUGGAUAAGACGAUGACUGAUUUAUACGCCACCUCGUGGGACCUUUGCCUCCGAUCAUACAACAUCGUCCGCGAUGAUGCCAUGAUCCUCAGAGCAUGCCGUGCUCGGGAUCUACCAGCUAUUCAGAAGCUGUUUCAAUACGGCCAAGCAUCCCCUUUCGAUGUUGAUUGCGAUGGUCGAGCGUUGCUGUCCUAUGUCUGGAACAGCCGUCUCGUGCACGAAGACUUUGGUGCUGAGGAAGCCUGCCAAGUCCAACAAACUAUACAGUUCUUGAUAACCCAAGGCGCGGAUCCUACUACGUACGUUCAAGAAUUCUUGGAGUCAUAUCGAUCGUGGACCGGUUUUCUGUGGGCAUACGGUUGCUAUUUCCUCGAUGGCGACCCGGAUUCAGGCACAGCGGCUACUUUGAAGUCAUUGGACGAUACUCUUCGUAUGUGUUUGGAGAACAGCCGAACGGAUCCGUUUGAGGAUGGCGAAGGUCUUCUUAGCCUCUGGAAGGCCUCUUUGGGCGGAUAUAGCCUGCCUGCUCUGGACUCUUCCUACCUGUUCCGGGAAGACCUAGCCGGCUUGGACGAGCUCGUGUUCGAGAACCCUGAUCAGGUGUUCUACGAUAUCGUUGGAGGGCUGAGGGUAAUGAACUCCAACAAGGUCUACCAGGAGUAUCUUGACCAGAAUUACGAUACUUUGGUCUAUCUUUGCAGAGGCGGUCCUCAAAGCAUCAAGAGCAAGGUAUUCUCCAGGGACAUGGACAGAAAUGGACCUUUGCUGGAUAGCCGUUGGACCUGCUUUUGUCCAGUGGGCUCAAGCCAUCUACUGUUCCAAGCCCUCCAUGAACGCCGUCUCGCUCCGUAUUUCAAGCAGGCGAAAGCGAGGAUAAUUAGAAAGCACGUGCACCGCGUUCUUGUCCAACUUUUAUCCAGCGGCGAGGAUCCAAGAGCGCGUUGCGACUGUAAGACUUCGUGGCAAUCUCCGUCAGGAUUUCGAAGUGCGACAGACCUCGCAGGUGAGGAAGGCCUCCUUGACGUCUGGGAACGAGCUCUCCAAGAAUGCGGUCAUGAUGCGACUGAAAUUGUUGAUGAAUGGCGCUACGAACCAUUGCCGGACUUGCUACAAAUAGCUCAGGAUGAUACGUCCGACAUGGCUCAUGUCCAGUCGCAGAUGGCUCCUACGCCAGCUGCCCGAAUGAAACUUGUGGGCACUGCCCUUUACCACACCUUCUCUUCGAUCGUUUGAGGUAUUCCUGGCUCCCAGUUCCUGCGUUCACUUUGCCAUACUUCGACGACCGCGCUCUCUUCAUCAAAUUUCCCGGAGAGCAACAGUUCCGAACAUAGAUUUACGGACGUUUUCGUGAUCUUGAGUGAGAACCGUGGUUCUCAACUUGAUGCACGAAACAUCGGCAAUAGCGAACCAACUGAAUCUAGUAAAGGUUGCGUCACUUGGAACCAGUGCCUGCCGCCUGCCGCCGCCGUCAGGAGGGGGACCCCACUAUUUACCAUCUAUUCCC